CUGAGCAACCCUAGUGACAGGAGCCGAAGCUGCGGCGCAGGUUGUCCCCGUUUCCCCUCCCCCUUCCCUUCUCCGGUUGACUUCCCGGGCCCCUACACUCCACAGCCCCGGUCCCGCCAUGUCCCAGAAACAGGAAGAAGAGAACCCUGCGGAGGAGACCGGCGAGGAGAAGCAGGAGAAAGAAGGUAUUCUCCCUGAGAGAGCUGAGGAGGCAAAGCUAAAGGCCAAAUAUCCAAGCCUAGGACAAAAGCCUGGAGGCUCCGACUUCCUCAUGAAGAGACUCCAGAAAGGGCAAAAAUACUUUGACUCAGGAGACUACAACAUGGCCAAAGCCAAGAUGAAGAACAAGCAGCUGCCAAGUGCAGGGCCAGACAAGAACCUGGUGACUGGUGACCACAUCCCCACCCCCCAGGACCUGCCCCAGAGAAAGUCAUCACUCGUCACCAGCAAGCUUGCGGGGUAACCUGGGGCCCCCUCCCCCGGCCCUCCCCUUCCUCACCCACUGGACUUUGAUAUGUCAUAGGCAGGGAUGAAAUGGGCACCCGGUCAGAUCUUCUCGGCCUGCUAGCUAGAAAUGACUGUGAUUCUGCUGGGGGCUGCUGAGAAGGUGAUAUGGGCUGAAGAGGGGCUCUGAGUUCAUUUCUUGGGUUAAAUUGAGACUUUCACACCCUCACUUUUGUCCAGGCAGGGGCCCAGAAGUAGGAACAGCUAGGAUCAGAUGAUGCUGCAAACUCUUUCUUUUGUGAGAAACUGGGAGAUGUGAUUUCUCCUUUUGGAUGAGACUGUCCCAAGAUUGGUUAGGCUGAACCUUGGGAAUAAUUUGGCAGGUUUGACAUCCAAAGGUUAACCUGCUGUAGUUGGGAAAGGUAGACUGAAUGAGACAUGUUUUCUGUGCUUCUAAGUGUUUUGUCCCUUAGGCUGCUAUGCUUCAUGUUUCCAUUUUGGCAGGUUUAGAGAAUCCGCAAAAAGAAAACUGACUUGCUUGCCUAAGACUACAAUACCCACUUAGCCUCCUUUACUUAGUAUCUCUGACAGUUUUCCCUGGCUCUCAAAUAAUGUAAAGAUUGAUGAACAUUGUUCACAGAAAAUGGACACCUUCUCUCUCUCUUCCAGCAUGUUGCUUUUGAAAGUAUCGUGGGAUAGUGGAAAGAGCACUGGUUUAGGAGUCAAGAUAUCUGGGUUCUAAUUCUACUCAGUCUCAGAAUUGCUGAUUGAUAACCUUGGUCAAGUCAUUUAGCCUCUCUGGAUUUCUGUUUCCUCAUCUGCAAAAUAGAGUUAAAUAUAU